CAUCAACACACGCAUGCAUGCAUGUACAAGAGUCACACGGUCAACAUCUAUAGGCUCGCCCUAUAUAAACCUCCAUGAGAAGCCGGGUUAUUUCUACGAGCAAGCUGAUUCAGCCUUCUCUGACAAUUAACCCCUACCGAUCAUUUCUACCAGAAAGCUCCCGACCAGAGAGGAUUGCAAACUCCAUCUUCGAGACAGCCCAGAUCCCCCCGACAAUUCUUUUUAAGAGCCCCGAGGACGCUGCAGACACUGCAGUCUCAGUAAUACGAGCCCCUCUCAUCGAUCAACGAUCCAAUGCCCGCUUUUUAAUUGUUCGAGGUAGGAGAAAUUACGAAAGCGGGACAUCUGAGCUCGCAGCCCAGGCAUUCGUCCUGAAGAUGUUGAACUGGGUUCAGAUAGUCACCCACCCCACCGCCGAUACCCCUGGUACCACUUUGCUGCUUCACUUCGAUAACAAGCGGUACAUUUUUGGGAACAUAUCUGAAGGAUCUCAGCGUGCCUAUACCCAGCGUGGUGUAAGCAUACAGAAAGUAGAAGAUAUCUUUGUAACUGGGAAAGUCAGCUGGCAGACUACGGGGGGGCUCCUCGGCACCAUCCUCGUGCUUGCCGAUACCCUUGCUGGCAAGACUGAAAGUCUCCAAGCCGUUGCAGAAGAGCGCAAGAAAAAAGGGAAACUUCUUCGCGCCAAAGACGAAAAUAAUGGCCUACCGACACUUAGAAUCCAUGGAGGAAAGAACCUCACCCAGAUGCUAGCCACUGCCCGUCGAUUCGUCUUUCGAAAGGGACUUCCUCUAAACCCCCGUGAGGUUCGCCAGGACCCUCGCGCAUCGAAACAAGAUUUCAAACCGGAUUGGCAAGAUGCCAACAUCAAUGUGUGGUAUAUGCCUGUAGAGUCAGCUACGGAACCGUCGUCGAGCUCUAGGAAACGGACGCACGAGGAGUUUGUUAAAUCCAACAAAGCCGAAAAGGAACGCACCCCUUCACCAAUCUUCGAGGAUGAAGAAGGCAGGCAGCUACUCGACACUGUGGUAACCCAGAUGUUCAAUUCAGAUUGGCAGAUGGAUGCUCUGGUUGAGACAACUUUACUUAAAGCGCAGAUGCCCGCCAAACUGUUUGUUCGAGAUCAGGGAGGUCAAAUUCAGCCAUACACAGGCCCUAUGCCAGGAAGCGGCCAGAAAGUACCGGACAUACCCGUAUUAGUCCGUCAACCAUGGCCCGGGGCUAUGGUAACAUCACUACCGCGAACAAGACCUUCGAAUCAGUCUUUAUGCUACAUCGUCAAGACCUAUGAUCGUCGAGGAAAAUUUAACCCUAAAGUAGCUGAGCAGCACAAUGUAGCAAAGUUCGACUAUAAGCUCCUCGCGAGCGGUCGAGACGUUGUAGGCAAAGACGGGGUAGUAGUAACUUCAGCCAUGGUUCUAGGAGAGACUGUCCCUGGAAACGGUUUUGCGAUUGUUGAUUUACCAGAUGCCUCUUAUAUCGAUGGGUUGGUGAAUCGUCCGGAAUGGCGAAGCGAGGAGAUAAUGAAGGGUAUCCACGUCAUCUUUUGGACUUUAGGCCUUGGCCUCAAGGAGGAUCCUCGACUGCUACAGUUCAUGGAGGCUAGGCCUGAAAUAAGACACAUCGUGACUUCGCCAGACAGCUGCCCGAAUAGAAUCUCGUUUGAUUCUGUUUCCGCUCAAGCCCUCAAGUUACGAUGUAUCGACCCUGACCGAUUCCCUCUGCCAAAUUACAAUAAUCAGGUUUCGAUUUCGAAAGACCCCUUAACUACCACUUCUCCUCUCUACGAAAGCGGCCGGGUUGGCAAAACUAUCCAAUUCGCACCACAAUACUUGCACCAAGAUGAUAAAGUCGUUCCCUUCCCAGAUCUCGAGGCCCGAGCCCGAGCCGAUCUAGACGAUGAAGUGCUAGAGAUGGGUCGUCAAGCCAGAGCAAGAAUUUCAGAUCCCGAGUUUUUGGAAAAAAUCGAGAAAGUGGAAUCGGACAUCCCGCAUCGUGAUGCCGAAGUCAUCACUCUAGGAACUGGCUCCGCUUUGCCAUCCAAGUAUCGCAACGUCUCAUCCACAAUGGUCCGCGUUCCAGGCUAUGGAAAUUACCUGUUCGACUGUGGCGAGAACACGCUCGGUCAACUUCGUCGUGUCUUUGGUGAUGAGCUGCCUGAAGUCUUGCGAGAUUUGAAGUGUAUUUGGAUUAGUCACUUACACGCAGAUCAUCACCUCGGUACUGCAUCCGUCAUCAAAGCCUGGAACGAGGAAACGAAACAGUCAAUGCCUUCGGCAAAACUUGUCUUUGCGUCUCAUGGGCACAUGGUGAAUUGGUUACAAGAAUACUCUGAGAUAGAGGAGUUUGGCUUUAAACGUCUAAAGACUACACUGUUUAAUGAUCGUGAUUUCAGUUUACCUGGCCGCAUUUGCAAGCCACGCAGAUUUUCCAAGGAGGAGAGCAAACUCUAUGGUCUAAAACAGAUCGACGCCUGCUUCGUCGUGCAUUGCUUCGGCGCGCUCGCAACCGUGUUGACGCUUCCGUCGGGAUUCAAGAUUGCAUACUCGGGCGACUGCAGGCCAAACAAAGACUUCGUCACGAUCGGAAAGGGGACGACGCUCCUGAUUCACGAGAGCACGUUCGACGACGAGCUACAGGCGGACGCCAAGGCGAAGAAGCACUCGACCAUGUCGGAAGCGAUCGACGUCGGUCGACAGAUGGGCGCCAGGAGGAUCAUGCUGACGCACUUCUCCCAGCGGUACCAGAAGGUGCCCGCGCUCGAGGAGAAGCUGGAGAUCCGAGAGGAUGCUGAAAACGCGGAGGGCGCCGACAAGGCUAAGCUCGACGAGGUGAUUCUAGUCGCGUUCGACUACAUGCGCGUUAAGCUUGGCGACUUUAGAAAGGCGCAGGCAUUUUUGCCGGCUCUGCAGAAGCUAUUCGAAGAGGUGGAAGAUGAGGAGAUAGUUUAGUUGCCUAUAUAUCUACAACUUGGGUAUCUAUUUGAAAGUAGUAGGCACCUAAGUAGUAGUUGUAGGCGAAAUAAAUGAAAAUAAAUAUACAAACAAUU